UGAUGUCACCCGGGUGUAACUAUGAUAUAAGAGAAGCGCUGCUGCCUCCCUUGUUUCUCUAUUGUGAGAGCGAAACAGAGGCAGAUAAAGAGAGGACAGCGCCGGAGCUGGGGGGUAAGCACCGAUAGUGGACCAACUGGCGGGAAAGAAGAUACCCAGACAUGGGCAAGAAGGACGAGAUAGCUGUGGCCAAAGUCAAGAUUGAGCAAAACGGAGACAUUGGAUAUUCUGUCUCUUCUAGAGAGGAUAAAGAUGAAGAGAAAAAGGGGGAGAAAGAGCCAAAGAUGCCGAUGAUUGGCGCCAUAGCUCUGUUCAGGUUUGCUGAUGGUUGGGACAGGUUGAUGAUUGUGCUGGGGACCAUCAUGGCUAUGGUUAAUGGAACGGUCCUCCCUCUCAUGUGUAUCGUCUUUGGGGACAUGACUGACAGCUUCAUAGGAGACUCCAUACAGACACAGAAUAACUUCACCAACAUCACGUUAAGUGUUUCCAACACCACUCUGGGAGAGGAGAUGACGGGCCAUGCUAUCUACUACUCUAUAAUGGGUGCGGUGGUGUUGGUAGCAGCCUACAUGCAGGUGGCCUUCUGGACCCUGGCGGCAGGCAGGCAGGUCAAACGCCUCAGGAAGCUCUUCUUCCACUGCAUCAUGCAGCAGGAGAUCGGCUGGUUCGACGUCAACGAGACGGGAGAACUCAACACCCGCCUAACAGAUGACAUCUAUAAGAUCAACGAGGGAAUAGGUGACAAGGUGGGCAUGUUGAUCCAGUCCUUCACCACCUUCGUUGCUUCCUUCAUCAUCGGCUUCAGCAAAGGAUGGAAGCUCACCCUUGUCAUCCUGGCUGUCAGCCCUGUGCUGGGCUUCUCUGCUUUUAUAUUCAGCAAGGUACUGACGUCCUUCACAUCCCUGGAGCAGAGUGCUUAUGCUAAAGCUGGAGCCGUGGCUGAGGAGGUGAUCUCUUCUGUCAGAACAGUCUUCGCUUUCGGUGGACAACAGAAGGAGAUAACCAGGUACGAGAAAAACCUGGAGGAUGCUAAGAACAUGGGGAUCCGUAAAGCCAUCUCUGCUAACAUCGCCAUGGGCUUCACCUUCCUGAUGAUCUAUCUGUCCUACGCUCUGUCCUUCUGGUACGGCAGCACACUCAUCCUAUCUGGAGAAUACACCAUUGGAACUGUCCUCACCGUGUUCUUCACAGUGUUGAUCGCGUUUGCCAUGGGACAGACUUCUCCUAAUGUCCAGGCCUUCGCCAGUGCCCGGGGAGCGGCACACAAAGUCUACAACAUCAUCGACAAUAAACCCCACAUCAACAGCUACUCAGACCACGGCCACAAGCCUGAUGUCAUCAAAGGAAACAUAGAGUUUAACAACAUCCAUUUCACCUACCCCUCACGACCCAGCGUCAAAGUGUUGAAUGGAAUGUCUCUGAGCGUGCGUAGUGGCCAGACCAUAGCUCUGGUAGGCAGUAGUGGCUGUGGGAAAAGCACCACCGUUCAGCUGCUGCAGCGGUUCUAUGAUCCACAAGAUGGAUCAGUGUGUGUAGAUGGUCAUGACGUGCGCUCCCUGAACGUGCGCUUCCUGAGAGAGAUGAUUGGCGUUGUCAGUCAGGAGCCCAUCCUGUUUGCUACCACCAUCGCUGAGAACAUCCGCUACGGACGACCUGACGUCACACAUCAGGAGAUAGAACAGGCUGCUAGGGAGGCCAACGCCUACGACUUCAUCAUGACACUACCUGAUAAGUUUGAGACUCUAGUUGGAGACAGAGGAACCCAGAUGAGUGGAGGACAGAAACAGAGGAUCGCUAUCGCACGCGCUCUCGUACGCAACCCCAAGAUCCUCUUGUUGGAUGAGGCUACCUCAGCCCUCGACGCCGAGAGUGAGACCAUCGUACAGGCUGCUUUGGACAAGGUGAGACAGGGUCGUACUACCAUCGUGGUGGCCCAUCGUCUGUCUACUAUCCGUAAUGCUGAUGUUAUCGCAGGCUUCCAGAAGGGAGAGAUCGUAGAGCUGGGAACACACAGCCAACUGAUGAAAAAAGAAGGAGUCUACCACACACUGGUCACCAUGCAGACGUUUAAGAGUGCUGAGGAGGGCGAGGAGGCUGUGGAGGAGCAGGUUCUGGAGGAGAAGAGUCCGUCAGUGACUCCGUUCUCAGAGACCACCCUCAUCAGGAGGAAAUCUACCAAGGGAUCAUCCUUCAUCGGCUCAGAGAAAGGAGACAAGGACAAGACAGAGGUGGAAGAAAAGGAUGAGGAGAUUCCUCCUGUGUCGUUUCUGAAGGUGUUGAAGCUGAACCUUCCUGAGUGGCCCUAUAUGGUGGUUGGUGUGAUCUGUGCCACUAUCAACGGGGGCAUGCAGCCUCUCUUCGCUGUCAUCUUCUCUAAAAUCAUCGCUGUGUUUGCAGAGCAAGACCAGGAACUAGUUAGACAACGCUCCUCGUUCUACUCUAUCAUGUUCGCCCUCAUUGGAGUCGUCUCCUUCAUAACCAUGUUCCUGCAGGGAUUCUGUUUUGGGAAGGCCGGGGAGAUUCUGACCAUGAAGCUGAGACUGAUGGCCUUUAAAGCCAUGAUGAGACAGGAGUUAGGCUGGUAUGACAGUCACAAGAACAGUGUUGGAGCUCUCACCACUAGACUGGCUACAGAUGCAGCACAAGUACAGGGGGCUACAGGAGUGCGCUUGGCCACUCUGGCCCAGAACGUGGCUAACCUGGGCACCAGUCUGAUCAUCUCGUUUGUGUACGGCUGGCAGCUGACUCUUCUCAUCCUGUGUGUGGUACCUGUCAUGGCUGUAGCUGGAGGCAUACAGAUGAAGAUGCUCUCUGGUCACGCUGUCAAAGACAAGAAAGAGCUAGAACAGGCUGGCAAGAUUGCCACAGAGGCCAUAGAGAACAUCCGUACGGUGGCAUCUCUCACCAGAGAGCAGAAGUUUGAGUCUCUGUACCAGGAGAACCUCAUAGUGCCUUACAAGAACUCUCAGAAGAAGGCCCAUGUGUAUGGCAUCACAUUCUCCUUCUCUCAGGCCAUGAUCUACUUUGCCUAUGCAGGCUGCUUCCGCUUCGGAGCCUGGCUCAUAGAGGAAGGCAUCAUGACCUUUGAAAAUGUCUUCCUGGUGAUCUCUGCAGUGCUGUACGGAGCCAUGGCAGUAGGAGAGGCCAACUCCUUCACGCCUAACUAUGCCAAAGCCAAGAUAUCAGCAUCUCACCUUAUGUUCCUCAUCAACAGAGAACCUGCCAUAGACAACUGCUCACAGGAGGGAGAAACACCGGACCACUUUGAUGGUAACGUGCGUUUCCAGGGAGUGAGGUUCAACUACCCGUCCCGUCCAGACCUUGCUGUCCUGCAGGGACUGGAGCUGAAGGUGCAGAAGGGCCAGACUCUAGCCCUGGUGGGCAGCAGUGGCUGUGGGAAGAGUACGACCAUACAAUUACUGGAGAGGUUCUACGACCCACUACAGGGCACAGUGAUGUUGGACAACAGUGAUGCUAAGAAGCUGAACAUCCAUUGGCUGAGGGCCCAGAUGGGCAUCGUAUCCCAGGAGCCCGUGCUGUUUGACUGUAGUCUGGCAGAGAACAUCGCCUACGGAGACAACACACGCAAAGUUACCAUGGAGGAGAUCCAGAGUGCUGCUAAAGCUGCCAACAUACACAGCUUCAUAGACAACCUGCCUCAGAAGUAUGACACCCAAGCUGGUGACAAGGGGACUCAGUUGUCAGGAGGACAGAAGCAGCGUAUAGCCAUUGCCAGAGCCAUCCUCCGCAACCCCAAAGUCCUGCUGCUGGAUGAGGCCACCUCCGCACUGGACACAGAGAGCGAGAAAGUGGUGCAGGAGGCCCUGGAUGUGGCUCGACAGGGCAGGACGUGUAUCGUGGUGGCCCACCGCCUUUCCACCAUUCAGAACGCUGACCUGAUCGCUGUCUUCCAGAAGGGAGUGGUGGUGGAGCAGGGCACUCAUCAACAACUACUGUCCCAGAGAGGAGUAUACUACUCACUGGUCACCACACAGCUGGGCCAUGGCAGAAAAUGAGGGAGGAUGGGGGGAGGGAGAGGCUGAUAGUGCAGGGGGUUGCUGGAAGGGGCUGAGUGUGCAGGGAGGGGUUGAGGGUGCAGGGGGGUAUUUUGUAUAUAAAAGGAAGAGGUGGUGGUGCUGUAUUUCAGUUAUUUAUUCAAAAAGUAUCACAUCUGUACCAUAGAGUGCCUGUGCCAAAUGAAUACAUGGAACACACACAUAUACACGUCUGCGCAUUACUGUAAACUGCACAGAACUAAGCCAAUGAGACGCUGAAGCAGUGUGUAUCCUCAACAUUCAGAUUAUUACAUUGAUUUGUUCAAUUGUUUUGGGCUUAAAGUAAAACUCUACCCAAAAACUA